GUACGUAUGGCUAUUUCGCGGCGCAACUCGCCCGGCCGCGUCGGGCGCGGCGUUGAGCAGUUGGGGUAUGAGCGCACUGGCGGGGAUCGAUCUGAACGUUGUAUUUUCAUGUUUCCUUGAUACCUGAUGGAAGAAUGGAUGUCUGCAGACCAAGAAGUCGUCGGAAGGGAGCUACCCAACGCAAACGUGCCCCGGCAGAUGACUCUGGACCUGACAGUAAGAGGCGCCCGACUGCUGAACCCUGUCAUGCGGAAGCAAGCCAUGAUGAGUCCAUGAUUACAAGUACCAGAAGGAGUGAUACAUGUAGGAGUGGAGCACUUUGUGACCUUGUGACCUUGUCGCCUAUCCUACCGACUACUUUGUCUGAGCAAAAACAACAAGGUUCAUUGCAGCAAAGACUUUUGUACUGUGAGUCAUCUCCUGUUGUGUCAAGGAAUACAGACCAGAGGUCUUCAGAUAUUCUAUUCUUGUCUGGUGAUGAUGAUCUCUUUGAAUGGGAUGAAAAUGAUAUGCCUGCCAGACCCAACGAAAAGCCCUCUUCACCAAACAUAAAGGAGAGUCACACAAAGAGAGAAAGUGCAAAUGACGGACAAAACCAUGAGAGAAUAAACGCAGCAGUGGACGAAAAGAGGAUUGAGAAACCAGCAGAAAACAAUGACGACUUAUGGGAUGAUGACGAUACAUUCUACGCCCAACUUGAUUUAAGUCUCCUAGUUGCACAGUCUCAGAAACAACAACAACAACAAACUGGGCAUGGUGGAAAUAGUGAUGACAUUCACAAGACUAGCACUGAGAAUUGCUCAGAAUCCAGUACUUCUAAAUCAAGAAAUAAUGUAAAUACAGAUGCAAGAACCUCAGGGAAUGAUUUUACAGCUUCGGAGGAUAGGGCGUCCCAUGUAAGUAGAACAAAAGAAUGUGGAAAUGCAAUAAAAGAGUCAUCUAGCAUUGACAGAGCAAAACCAACAUUGCAGAGAAUGGAGAAAUCUAGCAUAACUUCUGUUUGUGUUAACACCAAAUACAACCACUUCAUGUCUGAUGAACAUGUAUCAAGAACCAAACAAGAUGAUCAAACCAUUGGGAAAGAAACACCUCGUCAAGAAAAAUGGUUCAGUCAUCUGACAAAAGAUGCUUCAGAGCAUCCCCACGUAAGACAAGAAACCGUCACAAGAGGGCACAAUGCCGCGGAUGAUAAUCGUACUCCAAAGGUAACAGGGAGUAGAGCCCAUUCUCGUCUGAAGGAGCGUCUCCAUGGUAAUACCAAGGUGAUGACCACGCCCACCUCCACGCGUCUUCAGCUUCUGCGGAAGGCAGCGGUAGAGGAAGCCAUGAUUGGUUUAGCUGAUGUAGAGUCGGCUGUCAAGGACAGAGACAUUGGUCCAUUCUAUGGCCUGCCCAGGAAAGUUCAAGAACUGUUGGACAAACACAGGGGUAUCUCACAGCUAUAUGAGUGGCAGGAUGAAUGUCUGAGUCAGCAAGCAGUAAAGGAGGGACGUAACUUAAUCUACUCUCUACCUACUAGUGGAGGCAAGACUUUGGUCGCUGAGAUCAUCAUCAUGCAGCAGAUUCUCUGCCAUCAAAAAGACGCUCUUCUUAUCUUGCCGUUUGUCUCUAUAGUACAGGAAAAGGUGACUUCCCUGACUCCUCUGGCAGUUGAUCUUGGAUUCCUUGUGGAGGAAUACGCAGGCAGCAAGGGGUCUGUCCCACCAAGGAAGCGCAGAAACAAACAUGCCCUCUACGUGUGCACCAUCGAGAAAGCUCACACGUUAGUCAACUGCAUGAUUCAAGAGGAUAGGAUGAGAGAAAUCGGACUGGUUGUGGUCGAUGAGCUUCACAUGGUGGGAGAAGGAGGACGACGAGGCGCUUCUCUUGAGAUUUGUCUUUCAAAGCUCCUCUACCUGGAGAAAUGUCAGAUCCUAGGAAUGAGUGCAACGCUGAGUAAUAUCAAGGACUUGGCUUCCUUCCUCAAAGCAGAGGUCUACACCAACACCUUUAGACCAGUUGAUUUGAUAGAAUACAUCAAGUUAGAAGACAACAUCUUCCAAGUAAAUCCUGGGAGCAACCUACCAGAAGAUGAGAAAUUUACCCACGUCCGUACCAUCACUUUUCCUUAUAGCAAGUCAAUGCUUAAGAAUGACCCUGACCAUCUUGUAGGACUAGCCCUUGAAGUCAUCCCAACAAAUUCCUGCCUCUUCUUCUGUGCGACCAAGAAGAACUGCCAAAAUGUGGCAGAAAACAUCUGUAGAUACAUACCAAGAACCAAAGCCAAGCAAUUGUUCCAACACAAGCACAAAGAGAAGGAGGAAUUGUUAUUAUCGCUACGAAGGGAGUGUGAUAACAACCUCUGUCCUACUCUGAGACGCACCAUUCCGUACGGAGCAGCGUACCAUCACGGCGGGUUGACCAUGGACGAGAGGAAGCUCAUAGAAGAUGCGUAUUCUGAUGGAACGCUCUGUUUAUUGGCAGCUACGUCGACACUGGCAGCUGGUGUGAACUUACCAGCUAAGAGGGUGAUCUUGAGGAGCCCUUACAUAGCCAGAGAGCUCCUGACAACCAGUCGUUAUAAGCAGAUGGUUGGUAGAGCUGGCAGGGCUGGAAAGGACACGUCUGGUGAAAGUAUCCUGAUUGUAAAACCCAAGGAAAGAAAGCUGGUAAGUGAUAUGUUGAAUCGACCAAUAAAUGGAUGUUACUCCAGUCUGAUGCACGAUGAAGGGAAAGGAAUGAGAAAUUUGGUGCUCUCUCUCAUCAGUCUCAAGAUCACCAGAACGGAAGGUUCCAUCCAAGAUUUCAUCAAGAGAACCCUUUGUGGUAUCCAGGCAGCUGAAUUCCAACGUAAUCUGGUAGAGCUGGCUCAGAAUGCUCUACAGCAGGUCAUGGAUCUCUCUCUGGUGAAGAAAACUGAGGAUAAUGUACUGGAAGUGACAAGGAUAGGACAGGCUGCCUUUAAAGGCUCUGUUGAUUUAGAUAUGUGUUCCACCUUGUAUGAUGACCUGAAGUUUGGCUGUGACAAGGGAUUGGUCCUAGCUAACUCACUUCAUCUGCUCUACUUAGUGACUCCAUAUGAUCAAAUAGACUCAGCUAGACCAAACUGGAUGAUCUAUAUGACACAGUUUUCAAGCUUGAGUGAUUCUGAGCACAAAGUGGCCGAACUGGUUGGCGUGUCUGAGUUCUACAUGCAGUGCAAGAUGACUGGUCGUUCCAGUAAAAAGUUUACCCCAGCCUUAGAGAGGAGAGCUCACCGCUUCUAUCUCACACUGAUGCUCUGGGAGAUGAUGAAGAGGAAGAGCAUUUGGGAGGUAGCUGCUAGGUUUGAUACACCACGAGGGUUCGUGCAAACUGUCUUCACAUCAGCUGCCAGUUUUGCCUUCUCAGUUCAAAGAUUUUGUGCGGAACUUGAAGAGUUCUGGGCUGUUCAUCAGCUUCUCACCAAGCUAGUGUAUGAUCUGACAUACUGUGCCACUACAGAUCUCAUGCCACUCCUUGAGAUACCAGGCGUUAAACAGGGCCGAGCCAAGCAGUUAGUGAUGGCAGGUUACAAGACUCUCCAUCAUCUAGCCCAUGCUGAUCACGCAGAUCUCGUCUCAAAGAUUGAUUAUCUACCCAUCAAGGUGGCACAGCAGAUUGUAGCGUCUGCAAAGAUGGCGCUAGCAGAGCGAAUUGAGGCAUUAACUGAUGAAGCGGAGGAGCUCACAAGUUCACCAGAUCUGUCUAAGAACACAUCAAUAACAAAGUAAUAUUCAAUGAAGACGUCUACACCAGACAAUAAGAAUUCAUGCAUGAUUGUCAUUCUCAGGAAGUCUAAUCGUUUUCACAGUUCCCAAUUCCAAUACCAUUUUAGCAACUACUUUUGGCCAGUCAAAUUGGAAUUUUAAUCAGUUGACCUACAGUUUAGAUAUUUAUUAACCAGUUAUCCAUUUUAUUUAUUGCCCAAUGCUGAUUGUACAUGUAACAAUGAAAUAAUGAGGGUAUUAAUUGUUAAAAGUCUGAAAAGCUGAAUCAGGCUUUCAGAAAAGGAGGGGUCAAUUCCCAGUGGUCCUUUUGAGGGUUAAUUAAGUUUUCAGUCUGUAACCAUAGUAGAGUGGGAUAUACCUUCCACAGGCAUGAAAUACAUGUAUGAACUUGUCUAAAUACAACUCUAUGAUGUUUGCAGAUGCAUCCCAUUACGUGCGCUUAAGUAUAACUAUGCGCACCAUAUAAUGUACUGCACAUGAAAACCGCAUACCUGUUAAUCAAGGCCUGUGAAAUAAUAUCCUCUGAAUAUAGGUACGGGGAACUGGCAUGUUGUGCAAUUAGAAUACCACUUAAAGCUAAUCUUGAGCUCUGGUGUGGGAAUUGUAAUUUGAGAUAAAAUUGCUAUGAUUUAUUCUGGAUUGUAAUCCUGCAGUAGAUUGGUUGUU